UUGGGAGGGCGACCCCGCUCGCGCUUCCUUCCUUCCCGCCUCUGCCGACGCUGCGCCCGCUAAGCAGCACCUGACGCCGCCGCCAUGCCGAAGAAUAAAGGUAAGGGAGGUAAAAACAGAAGACGAGGUAAGAAUGAGAAUGAAUCAGAAAAAAGAGAACUGGUGUUCAAAGAAGAUGGACAAGAGUAUGCCCAGGUUAUCAAAAUGUUGGGAAAUGGCAGACUGGAGGCAUUAUGUUUUGAUGGUGUAAAGAGGUUAUGUCACAUCAGAGGAAAGUUAAGAAAAAAGGUUUGGAUAAAUACAUCAGAUAUCAUACUGGUGGGUUUGAGAGAUUACCAGGAUAACAAGGCUGACGUCAUUCUAAAGUACAAUGCAGAUGAAGCCAGAAGUCUGAAGGCAUAUGGAGAACUUCCAGAGCAUGCCAAAAUUAAUGAAACCGAUACAUUUGGGCUUAUAUGA